CUUUGAAUAAAAUAAUUUUUGAAAUGUUUAAAGGUUAUAUCUAAUCCUAAUCUCUAAAUAUUUAAAACUUUCAACGAAAGAAAGCCAUACGGAAUGGAAUUCUCAAAUACAACAUUAGAUCUGAGUGAUCCUCAGCUGUAUGAAAUAAUGCAGAAAGAAAAGACUCGACAAAUAUGUGGACUGGAAAUGAUUGCCUCAGAAAAUUUCACCAGUCGAAGUGUACUUCAAGCUUUGAUGACGUGUUUACACAAUAAAACCUCCGAGGGGUAUCCAGGACGGAGGUAGUACGGGGGCAAUGAAUACAUUGAUGAAGUGGAGCGUCUUUGCCAGCAAAGAGCUUUGGAUACUUUUGGCUUAAAUUCUGACACAUGGGGAAUAAACGUGCAAUCAAAUUCUGGGUCUCCUGCAAAUUUCGCAGUCUACACUGCACUGGUAGAGCCACAUGGUAGAAUUAUGGGUCUGGAUCUCCCGGAUGGUGGUUACUUGACACAUGGAUAUUUUACAGAUAAAAGGAAAAUCUUCGCAACUUCAAUAUUCUUUGAAUCCAUGCCUUAUAAAUUAGAUCCUGAAACCGGUUUAAUAAACUACGCUCAACUACAAGUAUUAGCCAAGCUCUUUAAGCCAAAAUUAAUAAUUGCGGGUGUUAGUUGUUACCCUAGAAAUCUAGAUUAUAAACGCUUCAGGGAAAUCGCUGAUGAUAAUGGAGCUUAUCUAAUGGCAGACAUGGCUCACAUCAGUGGUCUUGUGGCUGCGAAAGUCAUUCCAAGUCCAUUUGAAUAUUGUGAUAUUGUUACAACAACAGCGCACAAGACUCUGCGGGAACCUAGAGCUGGUUUAAUUUUUUACAGGAAAGGAGUUCAUUAUGAGAAAAAAGGAAACAAAGUAAUCUAUGAUUUCGAAGAAAAAAUUAAUCAGACUGUAUUUCCAGGACUUCAGGGUGCACCUCAUAAUAAUGCAAUUGCGGGAAUUGCAGCAGCAUUAAAGCAAGCACAGAAUCCUGAAUUUAAGAAGUAUCAGGAACAAAUACUGUUGAAUGCAAAAGCAUUAGUCCAGUCUCUUCAAGAAAAAAAUUAUAAAUGUGUUACGGGUGGUAUAGAUAAUCACAUUGUAUGGGUUGACUUACGGCCUAACAAUCUAAGCGGCUCUCAAGCAGAAAAGAUUCUUGAAAACAUAUACAUAGCUUGUAAUAAGAACACUGUUCCAGGAGAUAAAAGUGCUUUGAAUCCCGGAGGAAUUCGACUGGGUACUCCAGCUCUUACAUCUAGAGGUCUGAGAGAAUGUGACAUGGAGAAAGUAGCAAAUUUCAUUCACGAAGGUCUACAGAUAGCUCUAGAUGCAAAAUCAAAAUGUGAUCCUAAAGUAAAUGAUUUCAAAACUAAAUUUGCUGAAGAUCCUGAAUUUCAACAACGCCUAAAAGAAUUGAGAAACAGAGUGAUCGAAUUUGCGUCGAAGUUUCCUGUUCCUGGUUAAGGAGAAUAUUAAUUUCAGAAUAUGCAAAAAGUAAAACAUACAGAGGCUGUUCGAACAUUUUUUAGACGAUUUCGGUAAGCUGUAAUAAAAACUCGUUUGCUGCAAAAGAAGUAAUUGCAAUUGUACUAUGUUUUCAAAAGUCAAAAUUAUCGUCUGUGGC